GUAGUAUAAAAGUGUCACUGGAUUAUCGGAAAUGGUGAUCCUACUUUUGUUCCUUUCGUAAAGUGACAAUUUGUUUAUUAAAAAAAUAGUUAUUCAGCUAUGAAUAUAGUUGUUAUAUAUGCAUUAUAAUUGAUUUGCAUGCCUCGUGAUUUCGAACUGUGAUUACUCGAGUACGUUUAGCUCUCGAAAAAGUUGGACAAUCUCUUGUUGUCCUUAAUUGUAAAGAACAAGAGCGAUGGAAGAAGUAAUGGAAAUUGUGAAAGUCGAAGAUAUAUUACCGAUUAAAGAUACAUCUUCGAUGGACAAUUUGUUUGUUAUUUACAGUUACAGAUAAUAUAGGAGAGGGUAUUGUAAUAUCAAGUGAAGCAGAACCCAAUAUGAAAGUUAUUACUGACGGUGAUCAAAUUAUACAAAUUAUAACGGAUUAUGAAUGUGUAACAUGCCGCAGAGUCUUUAGGUCUCAGGAUAUGUUGACAGAACAUUUGGAUACAUGUAGAGAAGAAGAUGAUUCUAUGACUCUUAUAGAACUCAGGAAUAUAGAUCAAUAUGAUUCGGAAGACGAUAAAGACGACGACAAUUCAGAAUAUGUCGAUGAUAUCAACAACGAAGAUUCAAAUUCUAACAGCCAAAAAAAUAAUAACCACAGACCAGUAAUUAUGCCUGUACCUGAAACCCAAUGCCAUUGUUGUGCUGAAGACUUAAAUACUGCUCAUACUGGUGGUGAACAUAAGUGUUCAGAAUGUGAUCUCUCGUUCAAAAAGAAAUCGUCUCUGGACAGACACAUUGUUGUUAUUCACUGGCAUUACGAUAAUUGCAUUUGUAAAGAGUGUGGACAUUCCUUCAAUAGUAGGAAAGCCUUGAAUAAACAUCGUUACACUACUCAUGGAGAUCAUAAAAUUUUUAGAUGCGAACCUUGUGAUACUUAUUUUUCACGAAGCUAUCAUUUAAAUCGGCACUUAAUGCAAUCUGGUUGUCAUGGUAACAUUCUUAACACGUUUAAUUGUCAAGUCUGCCAAAAAGGUUUUACACGUAAGGAUAAUUUACGCGAACAUUUACGUACACACGCCGGAGAACUUCAGAGGCCGAAAAAGUCAUGUAAAUAUUGUCCUAAGGAAUUUCAUACUACUCAACAAUUAGUAAUUCAUGAACGUGUACACACAGGAGAACGACCAGUUCAAUGCGACUUAUGCCCAAAGACGUUUUUGUCAACACUUGCAUUAAGAAAGCAUAGACGUGUGCAUACAGGAGAAAAACCAUUCGAAUGUCACUAUUGCCAGAAGAAGUUCGCUGCUCGCGAGACCUUAAAUCGACACGAGAGAACCCACACUGGCGAGAAACCACAUGUUUGUCAGUAUUGCAAUAAAUCAUUCAUUCAAGCUGCUCAGUUGAGGGCACACGUGUUUCACCAUACUGGUGAAAAUGGUUUUUAUUGUGAUGUAUGUGGGAAAGCUUUCAAUCGAAAGGCUCGUUUGAAUGUUCAUAAAAAAUUUGUUCACGAAGGAGCAACACCAUUCACGUGUGAAGUUUGUGAGAAAAGAUUUAUAAGGAGAGAAGAUCUUGUUAAACACUCAUUGCUUCAUACUGGCAUUAAACCAUUCAAAUGUGAUAAAUGCGAGAAAGCAUUUUCCACCAAAUCCUCCUUACAAGCUCACUCAAAUACUCAUAGAAGGGAACCACCUCAAUCUUGUCUUGAAUGCAAUAGAGUGUUCAUUCGGCAAGACUGUUUGAUGAGGCACAUAAAGUCUAAGCAUCGUGAAUUAUUGGAGGACGUGAUGAACGAAGUGGAAAAGAAACAUUUACAAACACAGUUAUAUAAUAUUGCUACACUUGCUGCCGAAAAGACAAAAAAUGGAGAAUCUAGAGAACUUUCAACUGAUGAACUAUUAACAGCUAUAUCGGAUUUGUUAAAGAUACUAAUUGAUGAUGAAACUCUACAGCUGUUUGGUUGGCCUGAAGCUCCUAUUCAAGAUAUCCUAGAAGCCGUGAUUAGAAGGUGUGGACAUUCACCGGUAACAUCGGAUACUAAUUUUUAUUUUACCGAGCGGUUGAGAGAAAAUGUGAAACUUUUAUUUAGUGUUGUUAUAGAGGAUGAUCCAGUGAAAUCCCUUUUAACAACGAAAACCGUAGAUGAUGUCAUUUUACACGUUUUACAACUUUCAAAACAAUACACAUCAAGUUCGUAAUUUUAUUAAAAAAAGGUGAAAGUUUACUUUUAUCUUUUCUUAUUAUUAUUAUGAAGAAAAUUCAAUUGUCUUUUAACAAAAUGUUCCAACGAGUGUGAAAGAAAAAUGAUACCAAUAGAACUUGAAAGUACAUAGUAUAAUUUACUCCAUAUUAUUGUUACGGUGUAUUAUAUAAUGUUAUUGAUUAUUAAAAGAUUGCAAAUAUUUAGGAUAUUUACUUGAUGUAUUUUUUAUACGAGUAUAUUUACUUUUCUGGUUUUAUUCAGACUAUUUUGGAUCGUUAUCUUGAAGUAUGUCUCAUGUCAUAGUUACAUUUGCUAAGGCAUUUUAUAUAAGAGUAAUCUAUUUUCACACCUAUUUGAAUGAUAUACAAGUGAAAUUUUAAUCUUUAUUUGUAUUUAAUUAUUCCACAGUUUUCACUGUUAAUAAACAUGUUUAAAACUUUGUAAUCAUGAAAUGCCUCUAUAAUCAUUCACAUAAUAGGAAAUUUUCUGCAGUGUCGAUAAUGCUAAACCACAGUCAGAAAAUUGCAUUGCAUUAUACGUCUGUAUGAAUUGUAAGUAUGGACAAGAUAUCUGUUGUAGACGAAUAAAAGUGUAAUAUAAGAUCA